AUGGUUGAUUCUGAAACUGCAGGGAAGGAUGUUCUUUGUGAAACUUAUACAAGUGAGCUGUCAGAUCAAGAAACGAGCAUCGAGCAAUUUACUGAACGGAAGAAAAAAUUUAUCGUCGCUAUUUCUUCUGCAGCAUGUUUUCUAACGCCAAUGGCUGGUUUGGCGUUUUUACCAGCCGUCAGUACCAUUGCGGAGAGAUUCCACACUACUGGAUCUAUCAUUAAUGUAUCUAACGCCAUUUACAAUGUUUUCAUGGCUCUAUCGUGUUUUUGGGCUCCGUUCAGUGAUUCUUAUGGCAGAAAACCAACCUUUUUGCUGUGCAUGACCUUUUGCGUGAUUUCUACCGUUCUCGUUGCAUGUUCUCAAAACUUGGCGAUGUUUUUUGUAUUUCGAGCUAGUACAGCCUUUUUUGGUACAGCUUUUUUCUCGAUUGGAGCACAGAUAAUUGGUGACAUUUAUCCCCCAGAGAGGAGAGGAGGUGCAAUGGGAUGGAAUAUUGCUGGUAGUCAAAUAGGCCCGCCACUUGGUCCAACAUUCGGCGCGAUAAUAGUUACAUAUACGACAUGGCGUUGGAUAUUUUUUAUCCUAGCUAUUCUCGGUGGAAUUGUUUUGGUGUUGGCAUUUUUAUUUCUACCUGAAACCUUGCCAGAAUCAAAACAUCAGAUUGCGCUUCGGAACUAUAAUCAGAGUGAGGAAGUUCUGAAUAAUCCAGAGAAAAGAAAGAAAUUCAUAUUCGUUCCCUUCAACAUUACACGACCUAUUACAUCUCUGAGGUAUCCAACUUUGCUUCUGGCUGGAAUUGCCUCUUCAGCAUUAAUGUACAAUAUGUACUGCCUUCUAACUCCUAUAAGGUACGUGAUUGAUCCUCGAUUCAACAUAACACUCCCUCUUUAUGGUGGCUUAUUUUAUUUGGCACCCGGCACCGGAUAUCUGCUAGGUUCAUUCGUUGGAGGUCGCCUCUCUGAUUAUCAAGUUAGAAAAAGCAUAGCUAAACGUGGCAGAAGAGUGCCGGAGGACCGGCUUAGAAUUACUUUGAUAUUUUAUGGUCUUCUGAGUCCUGCAUCUGUCAUCAUUUAUGGUUGGUCAUUGUAUUAUAAAAAAGGAGGGUAUCCUCUCCCUAUUAUUUGCAUGUUCAUCAAUGGAUUUUGCCAAACGAGCGCUUUCCCCUCCAUCAACAGCUACUGUAUCGACUCUAUGGCCAGCAAAAUUGGAGGAGGGGCCGUCGGUGGAAAUUACAUGAUCAGAUUUUUUGCAUCGGCGGUGGCCUCCGCAACCUGUUUAAUUGCCAUUGAAGAUAUUGGUAUUGGUUGGACUUCUACAAUAUCAGGCCUGGUUUUGAUAGUUGGAUUUAUUUGUAUGCUCGUUCUGGUUUUUCAUGGGGAAAAAAUGAGACUAGGAGGUGAAGAGUAA